AUGACUAUGCCUAAUAGUACUAAUGGCACUCCACGUUUGACAAUAACAAAUGGUACGAUAUCUCCACACAAUCUUCCAAAUACAACAACGACAGCUACUGUACCGAUAAUUCGUUCAACGAUUGAUGAUUUUCGUGAAAUUGUUCGUGAACAAUCAUAUAUUAUUCCAAAUAAUUCUGAUCCUGAGGCUAUUGAUGUACCUGUAAAAAAAUAUCCACCGUUACCUGAUAUUAGUGUACCUAGUAGUAGUACGUUGAUAAAUAAUACAUUUUAUCGUACAGAAACAAUUCUAACUGCGCCUAAACAAACGGAAUCGAAAAAACAAAUUUUUAAUCAUUUUGCGCCAACACAACGAGGACAUUUACCAGCACUUAACCGACGCCACGUCUUGCCGACAAUGUCAAAUGUUAUGGAUCUCGAUGAAGAUUUGCCACAAUGUACUAAUAAUACAGCAAAUCGAGCAGCAACAUAUACAUCACCGGGUGAUCGUAUUAUAUCGCCUAUAAAACGUCCAUCAGCUCCAUCACCACCUGCAAGUGCGCAAAUAAAACGGCCAGGUCAAAAUGCUUUUGAUGAUGGUUAUGAAGAACCAGAUGAAGAACAUUAUUCGGGUUUAGAUGACGAGGAAAGUCAAUUUUUCGAUGAGGAGUUCUAUCGUUAUCAUCAUCCUAACACAACGAAUUCUCGUCGUAAUAAUCAUCACAAUAUUCAUAAUCGUCAUUCACAAAACAUCGGACAACAUCCAACAAUAAUUAUUAAUGAUGAGUAUGAUGAAUCUGCUCAUCCUUUCGAUUGA